AUGGCGGGCGAUGACGAUCACGCGCGGCAGCGAAGAGCAUUGUCGCAUGCCUUUUCUACAAAGGCAUUGCUCGAGCAGGAGUACAUCGUUAUGAAAUACGUCGAGACGUUUUCGCAGAAGAUGCAGGAGUUUGCUCGUGGAGAGGGGAUUGUCGAUGUCACGGACUGGUUCGCAUACACGACCUUCGAUGUUAUUGGUGAAUUGGCGCUUGGAGAGCCUUUUGGAUGUCUUCACAACCAAGACUUCCGUUUCUGGGUGCCGCUUAUCAGCGAGUCGAUCAAAGCCGGCGCUAUCGAGCAGGCUACUCGUCGUGUCAGCCAGACUGGAAGCCCACUUCAACGGUUUCUCCAGUGGUGUAUACCAUCGCAUGUCGCUAAGAGCCGGAAGCAACAUCUAGACCACAGUAGAGAGAAGAUACUAAAGCGCAUGGAAACGCAGACAGACAAUCGCGACUUCUUGUACUACGUAAUGAAGCAGCAAGACAAAGGUGACCUCAACCUCGGCGAAGUCAUAGUAAACGGCGCACUGUUCAUCAUUGCUGGUACAGAGACUACCGCUGGCUUUCUGACUGGUCUGUUCAAUCUGAUCACUCGACCCGAAAACAAGCACAUCCUUGACAGGCUCACUCAAGAGGUCCGCUCUUCCUUUCGAACCGAGACAGAACUGCGUUUCGAAGAACUUGCCAAGUUACCUUAUAUGACUGCUGUCAUAGAAGAAGGCCUACGGAUGUUCCCCUCAGCACCCAUUGGAUUUGUCCGCACGGUCCCCGAAGGUGGGGACACUGUUUCCGGCGAAUUCAUCCCUGGCGGUACUACGGUAUCUGUCUGUAUGUGGGCGUCUACCAAGUCGGAGCGCAACUUCCAGGAUCCUUAUGUUUUCCGUCCAGAGCGUUGGUUGGAUCGAGAGAACAACAAGACUGACAAGCUCGGCGCCAGUAACCCUUUCUCGUUAGGGCCGAGGGGCUGUAUUGGACGGAACUUGUCAUACAUGGAGAUGAGGCUAAUCAUUGCGAAGCUGCUUUGGCAUCACGAUGUCGAAAUGUACGGAGACAAUGAGGUUUGGAACCCGAAGAAUGAGUAUGAAAACAUGGUGGUUUACAACAACUGGAUCAAGCCGGGUCUCAAGCUGAAGCUGAUACCUAGAAAGACAUAA